AUGGCUCCCAGGACAAGACAGAGCGCUGCCCGCAGGAUCAACAACCAAGACGGCGGCGUGCCCCUUCCUGCCGCCCAUGACGACUUCUAUGGCGAAAAUAAUGAGAUAGUCCCUGACCGAGGCGGCGCUGUGGACCCGACACCUGAGGAGGCUGAUGACCAGAGAAUCGAAGAGGAUCUCUGGGAGCAGCUCUACAAUGUGUCUUCCGGUCCGAACAGCAGUGCUCAAAAGGGCUCAGCAGCACCUGCCCCGAACUUUCCACGCACCAACUUGCUGGGUACUGACGAGAUUGGGCCACUGGGGCGUACACGGCCCCCGUUGCCACCCAACUACCAGCCUCACCAGGGCGACGUGUGGAAUCUGACGGACCAAGAAGCACGCCGGAAACUCGUCAGAGGUGGCCUCCCGAACCCGUAUGAGACGCCCUACGCUAGCAGACGACACCCUUCUGAACCGCCUUCCACUUUGGCCUCGAAGUAUGGAAUGGCAGGUGGGUAUGCAUCUGUUCUUUCAAACCGAACCUUCAGCCUCGAGGAUGAUCUCUUCGAUUCAGCCGACGUUCGUACGCCCGUACUCAGGCCAACGCCCCAUGUGGUGCGACCCGAGUCUCUUCCUCCACAAUCUCAACCAGGCCAGCCAGAGGCUCCAACCCAGCAACCUCCCCCCGUUCGAGCACCUAUCUUGGAGGAGCCAGAAAUAGAACAGACGGUACCGGUAGACCAACGACCUGUACGCAACGCUGAUUCACCCGCUCCGCCACUGUCGCCUGCUCAGUCACCGUCACCGGACCAAGCACUUACACAGCAGCCUAUCGUUGAUGAUUUGCCGCCUCAGCGGGCUCCUAGUCAAGCACCAAGCGUCCAUAAGCUUCCUACGCCUAGCGAAAACACCACUAGCAGUGGCGGGCGAUCUAGAUCUUCACCUAUGUCUACUGUUCACACUGAUGGCAGCGAUGGUGGAUUUAGGUCUCUAAGUCGAUCAGUGAGCCCAUCUGCAAGUUCCACCCAGUAUGUCCCUCAGAUGGAUGUGCAACGGACGCGAGAGUUGAGUGAUCGCAUGGCAUACACCAAACCAGAUAAGGUGCAAGGACCUAAGGAUCCGUACCCCUUCACCACUCAAUCGGACCUUACUCCGGAGCAAAUACAGCGGGCCGAGGAUCUGCGUCAAAGAAUGAGGUUGCCCAACAUGGAUGACGGCACCAUCAAGCCUAACCCGCCAUUCCAGAAGCCAAAGCCUCCGUUGUACCCGGAUGUCAACCAGUCUGGCCCACAGCCUUCUGGUGGCAAUCAAUCCAAGGCCCCAACGAGACCACCUGCUGUGGUCAAGGACGUGCCGAGACCGCCUCCCCAGCCUUCUGGCGGUGCUCAACCCAAGGCCCCGACGAGACCGCCUGCUGUGGUCAAGGACAUCCCUCGACCACCGCCCCAGCCCUCUGGCGGUACCCAAACCAAGGCCCCAAUCAGGCCUCCUGCUGUGGUCAAGGACGUGCCGCUACCACCGCUACAGCAAGGUCGUGCGCCACGGGGGCCUGUUCCACCGCGUCCGGAAGGCCUGAUACCUCCGGGCGGCCCAUCAUACUUAGAUACCAUCAAGGAGGCGGCCCAAGAAUUUGCGGCCACCGUCUGGCGCUAUUGGUGGUUGCUACUCGCUCUGGUUUUCGCAAUCGUGGCAUUUCAAGCAAGUCGCGACCCAGAAUUCGAUCUGUCAGAAAUCACGGGCGCUGUUCGAUCCAGGCUACCAAAUUGGCCGUCAUUAUCUACUCAAAGUGCACCUGAAAGUUCAGAGGUCAACAAAGUCAUUCGGGACAGCAUGAAUGAGUCUGAAAGUGAACAGGCGGUGAUUGUCGUACCCAAGGACAAAGACGGAAAGAGUUCUGUCCCCUACGAAGUAUGGGAGAACAUCAAGGCGUAUUCGAGAAAGGACAAGGAUUUGUUGUCUGAAUUUACAGGGCCCAACUGGACUGCGAUUAAAGAGCGAUUGGAACAAGAGGGCUACAUCGGAAAUGCAGAAAGAAAACCCAUCUUCACGAACAAAACGGGUAUGGAGAUAGCGGAGGGAUGGAAAUCGUGGCUCACAAGUAACCAACAUGAGGUGACCAAGCUUCUGGGCCCAUCUGUGAAAGAGGAAGUCAAAAACAUGACAGAGAAGGAGCGAAAGGCCACACUCGAUGAGGUCAACAAGACAUUGAAGGACAAGAACCUGGUCACCCGUGACGAGUUCGACGAGCUUGUCGACAGCAUCGUCAAAGAAGGGUCAGGAAAGGAGGUACAAUAUCUCUCCGAGCGCGUCAAAGAACUUGAGGAGAAGCUGGAAAAAUACAAGCAUGACCCACCGCCGGGUAUGAGCAAAUCACAGAUGGCGGCCAUAGUCGAGGCUACGGUCAAGAAAUACGUCAACGACCUGAAGUUGGAUGCUGCUGCUAGUGCAGGAAGCAGGGCCACGCUCGGGCACCUAUCUGGAAAUGUCAACUUUUUCAGUGUGGGAUCAGGGGCGGUGAUCGACCCUACUCUGACUUCUCCCAAGUGGAAGGUGCCUAGGUAUAAGCACAAGAGCAAGCAAUGGUAUGAUCGCGAUGGCUAUAAACCGCUGCCGGCCGUCUUUGCCAUCAUGCCGUGGACCGAGGAGGGUGAGUGCUUUUGUGCAGGACCAGACAUCAAAGGCCGCGGCGUGGGUACCAACAAUGUCAGUAUUAUCAUCAGCCGGGAUAUUAUACCACAGCAUCUGGUGGUUGAGCACAUUCUACCCGGCGCAACCCUGGACGCGGGUGCCAUGCCCAAGGACAUUGAGGUCUGGGCCACCUUCGAGGACCUGCACCUGCGCCAGACGGUGCAGGCGUGGUCGGAAGCCCAGUUCCCGAAUACGCCUGCCGAAAGGAUUCUGCACCAGGGCUUCGUCAAGAUUGGCCAGAUGACAUAUGAGGAUCGCACCACUGGCGACGGUAUACAGCUGCACCGUCUGAAUAGGGAGCUUGAGAACCUCAAUGCACAGACGAACCAUGUGGUGGUUAGGGCGCUCAACAACUAUGGUGCAGACCACACAUGUUUCUACAGGAUACGUCUAUAUGGGGAAGUGAUGGAGAGGAACCUCGGCUUCGACGUCUCCGUCUAG